AUUUCAGCAGAUGAGGGUCGAGAAAGAGAGAGAGAUUUUAGUAGGGGUUAUCUAUCAAAAGCGUGGGUCUUCUAAUUCGAAGUUCAAAUGGCUGUUGUUGAUUUUAUCUCAACUCCUCUCUCUCUUGCUCAUCCUCGCCUUUCUUCCAUUCGAACUUCUCCCUCCAAAACCCUAAAAACCGUAACAUUCCUCCAAAACCAUCCCCUCCUCUCCAUAUCCAAUCUAGGCGUUCCCAAAUUUCCCUCGUCUGUCUUUAAAUUCCCCACUACCAGCAGCCGCUUCUCCUUCAGACCCUCUAUCAAAAUCGCAGAAUCCGAUUCCACGAAUGUGGAUGGAGAAGAGGAUGAUGAGAUUAGUGAGAACAACAAACAGGAAGGGGAUGUAGAUCUGAAUCACCCACCCACACUGAAGACCCUCAUUCAAGUUUACAAGGAGGCCUUUCUUGAUGGGGAUGAGAAAACUGUUUCUGACAUAGAGGCAAUAAUAGGUGUUGUUGAAAAUGAGAAGAACGAUUUGGCCCAAAAAGUUUCAGAGUUAUUAGCAGAUAUAGCAUCUGGGAAGGAUAAAUUUCUUCGCUUAAAAGCGGAUUUUGACAAUUUCAGAAAGAGGUUCGAGAGAGACCGAUUCACAUUGACAUCUGAUGUUCAAGGGGAAGUGAUUGAGAGCCUCUUGCCAUUAGUGGACAAUUUUGAGAGAGCAAAGCAACAGAUUAAGACAGAAACGGAAAAGGAAAAGAAAAUUGACACAAGCUAUCAGGGUAUAUACAAGCAGUUUGUAGAGAUCAUGAGAAGCUUGCGAGUUGCUGUCAUAGGGACUGUUGGCAAGCCAUUUGAUCCCUCGCUUCAUGAGGCCAUUGCACGUGAUGAGUCCCAAGAAUACAAGGAAGGCAUCAUAAUUCAAGAAUUCCGGCGUGGAUUUGUUCUUGGAGAUCGACUUCUUAGACCUGCCACUGUCAAAGUCUCUGCUGGCCCAGGCCCGAAGAAAGCCCCACCCUCCACUGAAAAAUCCAACGAACAGCCUACGACAUCAACUGGGUCAGAUACUAGUUCAGCGACCAACCGGUAACAGCUGUCUUUGUAGCAGUGUUGUAUUAAUUUUUUAUACAAAUGAUUUCUGUUCAGCCCUUCAGAUUUUGAUGGGCUGUUAAAUUUUCAAUUGGUUCUUUCUGCCCAAACAACAUUUUCCUGGGUUCUUCAUUCCUGUUCCGACUGUCAAGCGGCAUUGAACCCAUUUAGCAAAGAAUAUGACUUUGAGAUCUGCAUCUUAUAGAGGUAAAUUAAAUUAUCCAUGUAUCAUGCACCCAUAUCGGAUAAUUAAUAGUUCUUUGGAAUAAAGAAACUCAUAAGAAAUGAAACCCGUAAGGGCCCACUGAAAGUUAUGUUGAA